AUGAUCCCAAAUGAACAGAGUUUUGGUUCCCUCAUUUUAUCUGGAAAGAUUGAAUCAAGUGAAGUCUCUAAAAGGUUUCAAAUCUUUCUUUUCUAUUGCACGUUGCAACCAGAACCAGUAUUGGGGUGUUUUCGCUUGAGCCGUACGAGACGAAAUUCUCAUAUACGGUUCUUAGAGGGGGAGUCCCUUCGCCUUCGGUUCACCUAUCUCAAUAAAGUAUAUGAUUGGUUCGAGGAGCGUCUCGAGAUUCAAGCGAUUGCAGAUGAUAUAACUAGUAAAUAUGUUCCUCCUCAUGUCAAUAUAUUUCAUUGUCUAGGAGGGAUCACACUUACUUGCUUUUUAGUACAAGUAGCUACGGGUUUUGCUAUGACUUUUUACUAUCGCCCGACCGUCACAGAAGCUUUUGCCUCUGUUCAAUACAUAAUGACUGAAGCCAACUUCGGUUGGUUAAUCCGAUCAGUUCAUCGAUGGUCAGCAAGUAUGAUGGUUCUAAUGAUGAUCCUGCACGUAUUUCGUGUUUAUCUCACAGGUGGUUUUAAGAAACCACGUGAAUUGACUUGGGUUACGGGUGUAGUUCUGGCUGUGUUGACUGCAUCCUUUGGGGUAACUGGUUAUUCUUUACCUUGGGACCAAAUUGGGUAUUGGGCAGUCAAAAUUGUAACUGGUGUACCUGAGGCUAUCCCUAUAGUGGGAUCGCCCUUGGUAGAGUUAUUACGCGGAAGUGCUAGCGUGGGUCAAUCCACUUUGACCCGCUUUUAUAGUUUACACACUUUUGUAUUACCUCUUCUUACCGCCGUAUUUAUGUUAAUGCACUUUUCAAUGAUACGUAAGCAAGGUAUUUCAGGUCCUUUAUAGAGAAGACAGAGCAU